GGGACGCUAUAGGAAGGGACACUCGUCUUUGACCCGUCGCGUGCGGGGAAACAUCCUACAAGACUCGCACGUGAAGAUACCGCACAAGCUAGCAUAUUAUUUUUUAACGUCACCGUUAAACGACUUUUCUUGUUCCUUCUAACUUUACGCGGUACAGUUACUCAAGUUUCGUGUCCAUUUCCGGUGGAAAAGUUUCCCGCUGCUAACGAAAGCGCUGCUUAGCUAGCUUGUAGCUUCACAGGAAGGGGUUCGCUCACGAAAUGUCCUCGUUCUUACUUGAAGUGUAACAAUUUGAUCAGUUUUUUUUUAGCUUCAGAUUAGUCUGAUGGCUCCUGCCGUUUAACUAAAAUUGCAUUAGUACCAUUUAACUUUAAUAACGCUGUUUUAACGUUUAACAUUUUAGUUGGAUGCGGGUUGUGUUGUAUUAAAUCAGCACCUUGGCGUUUAGCAGUCCAGUUAUGUCAGUCUGGAUGACGGACAAGGUCAUGAGAUGGUCCCUGCGUUUCUACCGUGGCCGGUUUCCAUGGAAACAGCGCAGUUUCCUGGUGACGGCAUCAUUUAAGGAUGCAGUGGUCUUUCCCAUCCAUCGAUCUCAAAGGUUUUGGGGCUCAACGCAGAACCAGACAUGUCUUUCCAGGAGUCUCGUCGGUGCUGUAAGGUUCCACUCGCAGGGCGGGAAUCGCACCGAAGAACUUGAAGAGAACAUCCACCUCCCUUCACAACUGGUGGAGCGAUCAGCUGACGUCCAGCAAGACGGGACGGACUCGGACCUGAGACAUGCGACCACCCCUUUCACGAAGCACCUGCAGCAAUGCAGCUCGCCGGUAGACAUCUUGGACUUAACCUGUAAGUACUCGCUCACGGGUCAGGAGGUCAGCAACUCCCUGAACAGCAUGUGGACCUUCCUGAAGAAGAUGACGGAGGAGCAGCGGCCCUACCAGUUGCAGCUAAUUUACGAGCAUCCCGAGCUUGACGGGUUUCUACAAAAGGCCAUGAAGUCUCUUCAGCACAUGCGUAACAAUGACAUCACAUAUUCCCUUUUGAGCAUGAUCAGCAUGGGGAUACCUCAGCAUAGCCGCGUGGUCCAGACGUUCCUUCGAGCUUGUCAGGAGAGACUUAAUCACUUCGAUGAGAAGAGUCUGUCCAUCUUGGCUUCUUGUCUGGACCACAUGGAGGACAGUCCCAAUGUGGACGCACUCAAGAAGGGCUUGAGGUUGGCAGUCGUGGCUCGUCUUCCUGCGAUUAAAAACGUAAUGGCCCUCCAGAUUUUGAUGCGCCUUUUGUGGAAGGAUGCCCCCAACUCCAUUAAACAGAAACUAGAGAGUAAGGCCCUGUCGAUGACGGACCAGUUCAGCACCCCUAACGCCCAGCACAUGAUUUCCACCAUGGCCACAUUGAGCUUCUACUCCAAACCGCUGUUUCAUGUUUGCAUUCAAAACAUCAAAGAAAACCUCCAUAACAUCCCUUUUACCAGAUUACACGACGUGCUGCAGUCCUGUAAGAAGCUUAACUACAAAGACUUGUCUCUGUUCACGGGAGUUUCAGACUACGUGUCGUCCACGUUUGACAUGUGGACCAACAAACAGCUGCUCCAUUUCCUGUCCGUGUUUGCCAACUUGCACUUUAGUCCUGUUGCCUUAAUGGAGGCGUUCGCCGACAAAGUGAUAGAAAAACCUGACGCCCUGACUCUUAAAGACCUCCUGUGUAUCCUCAGGGUGUACUCGUCUCUGAACUUUGAUCUGAAGCAUCGGAGACGACAGUUCCUUGAUAGCGUCAGCUGCGCCCUCGACGCCUAUCUGCCCAAGAUGAACGGCAAGACGUUGUUGACAGCUGCGUACAGGUUCUGUCAGCUCAAUCACUUCCCACCGGCACUGCUGGAGCAGCUCCUGCAGACGAGCGUCCUGGAGCAGAUUCAAGAGGAGAAACUUUACAUGGACCACGAGAGAAUGCUUCGGACGGUGGACCUCUGCCUUCGUCUGGACCGUCCUCCUCUUCCUCGUCCCUUGUCCGUCCCCACGUCCGUCCUGGAACGGCUCACUCCCAUCUGUCCGGCGGUCAACCCGUUGCUCUCGCCGACCCUGCAGCAGCUGGUGGCAGGUCGGACGAGCACAGAGCUGCAGGAAGCCGUGGUGGUGGAGAACUUCUACGUCCUGGACGGCGUUCUAACUGAAGCGCCGUCAAACCAGACCUGCAGCUCUGCAGAGGAACCAGCAGAGGGCGCUCAGAGAGUCGCUGUAAUUUUCGCCCCGAACUCAAACGUUUGUUUCGGCUCGUCAAACCCUCGUGGUAUUCUCGCUACCAAGCUCCGUCACCUGAAGGCUCUGGGCUACACCCCCGUCCUGGUAAUGGAGCAGGAUUUAAAGUGCAACGCCACAGAGAAGAUGGAUGUCCUCAGACGACUGAUUUUUCCAGAACAAACGUCAGAAGCAACAUAAAGUGGAACAUCUGGACCCUUAAGACAGCGAGACUUGAAUUUAGUGAACAGAUGUGUAUUUCUAAUAAAGUACUAAAAUAAAUCCUACCCGAGGGAUUUUCUUUUGUUUAAAACCAAUUGGUUUCAACAUAAAACGUCAAAUCUUAUGUUCAAUGUAUUUUAUUUCCAAAACUAGUUUCAACAACUUGAUCUAA